AUGAAAUUAGGACAUAAUGAAAUAAUGAUAACAUCAAUGUAUUUUAAUAAUAUUAAAGAUUUUAUUAAUUUAGAAAUGGGAGUUAAAAGAUAUAGAGGAAAUAUUGAACGAUUUCAUUUUAAUCCAAUUCCAUUAAAUGAAUAUUCAAGAAAAUUGUUUCCUAAUAUUGAAACAUUUCAUAUUUAUAAUGAAAAUGAUGAAAUAUUUAAUGAUGGAAAAAUAUUUAAAAAGGUAAUAUGGUAUUUAGUAAAAGAUAGAUAUACGUAUGGAAAUACAAUACCACCAGAAGUUAAAUCACUUAAAUAUAAUUGUUUUUGUAAUUGUGAUGAAUUAAAAUCAAUUAAUAUACCAACAACAAUUACUAAAUUAGGAGAUGGUUGUUUUGAUAGGUGUUCAUCAUUAAAAUCAAUUAAUAUACCAUCAUCUGUUAGUAAAAUAGGAGGUGGUUGUUUUGAUGAAUGUACAUCAUUAACUACUAUGAAUAUAGAUAAUUUACAAUUUAUUAGUCAAGAAAGAAUAUUUAUAAAUGAACCAGUGUUAGUUAGUAUUAAAAUACCACAUAAUCUACAAAUAAUCAAUGGAAAGAAUAUUGAAAAGAAAGAUAUUAAUAAAUUUAUUAUUCCAUCUUCAAUUACUAAAUUAGGAAAUGCAUGUUUUAAUAGAUGUUAUUCAUUAAUAACAAUUAAUAUACCAACAUAUGUUAGAUAUUAUUGUUUUAAAAAAUGUACAUCAUUAAAAUCAAUUAAUAUACCAUCAUCAAUUAAAUCAUUUGGAGAUGGAUGUUUUUGUGAAUGUGGGUGUGAAAAAGAAUUAAAGAAAAAUAAAAGAAUACCAAGAAAUUGUUUUAACAAAUGA